CUCUCCCUCCCUCUCUCUCUUUCUCAGCUCACUUCUUGUUCUCAUUUGCUUUCCUCUCCAUUCAUUUUUUUCGCUCCUUUGCUUUCAUGUAUCCUUCGUGAUGGAGUUCAAUUUGAAAAGGAUUUCCCUGCUACUGCUGAGCAUCCUCCUCUCUCUCCUGUCUCUCUCGUGUGUGGCGGGCAGCUCACCAUGUGAUAAUAUUUACCGCGGUUUCUCGUCCUGUCUGCUGCGGCUUGGAGAGAACAUGGGCCAGUAUGUGGAGCAGGAGCUGAGAGACUCCCAAGAGAUUGACAACGUGUGCGCUCACUGGGAUGAGUUCCAUGCUUGUGGAAUGGCUGCUAUCUCUGGCUGUCAGCUGGAGGUUCAGAGUGUGUGGGACUCUCUGCGCCGGGAGUCUGAGAAGCUCAAUUUCCAGGGGAACCUGUAUGAUCUGUGCAGGAGGCGGGAGCAAGCAAACCAGGACUGGCUAACUGGAUCUGCAGGACAGAACCGAGCCGCACUGGGUCUGGUACUGAGCGUCACAGUGACCCUGAUGCUCACCUACACAGGGCUGUAACUGACGUUUUUAUGCAACCUUUUUAUAUCAGUUAUUCUAACUGUAACGAACAAUAUCAUCCCUAAAUCCUUACCUCUGUUUUGUGCUGUCACUCGCUACACAGGUCUCAAAUGUGCAGUUUUGAAAGAAACACUUAGAAAAGUUUGCUGCAGUAAAUUUGAACGGAAAAUUAGCAGUUAUCCUCCCAUGCUUUUCCCAUGGUUAUACUAUGCAUUUACCACACCUCUCUAUGUGCUUUACAAUGCUUUCCUAUCCUUUGCCUUACCUCACUGUGCUUUACAAUGCUUGUCUAUGCAUUACCAUGCUUUCACUGUGCUUUCAUAAGGAACACACUGUGGAAGAACUGAAGGUAAAACUAUAAGGAAGUGGACAUGUGUGACUGUGUUUCCUGUGAUGCUUACCUUUGCUUUACCAUACCUCUCUGUGCUUUACAAUGCUUCCCUAUGCUUUACCAUACCUCUCUGUGCUUUACAAUGCUUCCCUGUGCUUUACCAGACCUCUCUGUGCUUUACAAUGCUUCCCUGUGCUUUACCAGACCUCUCUGUGCUUUACAAUGCUUCCCAAUGCUUUACCAUUCCUCUCUGUGGUUUACAAUGCUUACCUUUGCUUUACCAUACCUCACUGUGCUUUAUAAUGCUUGCCUAUGCUUUACCAUUCCUCUCUGUGGUUUACAAUGCUUACCUUUGCUUUACCAGACCUCUCUGUGCUUUACAAUGCUUCCCUAUGCUUUACCAGACCGCUCUGUGCUUUACAAUGCUUCCCAAUGCUUUACCAUUCCUCUCUGUGGUUUACAGUGCUUACCUUUGCUUUACCAGACCUCUCUGUGCUUUACAAUGCUUCCCUAUGCUUUACCAGACCUCUCUGUGCUUUACAAUGCUUCCCUAUCCUUUACCAUUCCUCUCUGUGCUUUACAAUGCUUCCCCAUGCUUCCCCAUGCUUUCACUGUGCUUGAUUACACUUUGCUGUGCUUUUACUAUGGAAAACUUUUACAAGAGACAUGCUAAAGGAAACAUGCAUUUUCAUUUAAAAACAGACAUCUGGUACUACAUGAAGUUCUCAGUUUGCUUGCCUUGCCUUCCAGGAAGUCUGUUACUGCUUUGCUUCCUGGGUCACCUCAGCAGUGUCUUCUGGGUCAUGGAAGAAGCUGGUUGGUUAAUGACAGGAAAGACGUCAGUGAAGGGGUGGAGACAAUUUCACCCUCCAGGAAAGCAGGGCUUGGAAAGCAGGGCUUGUGCAAACAGAGAUUUCCUGAACCCAGUGUAGUACCAGAUACCCGGUUUAAAAUGUUUUUUUUGUUUUUUUUUUACUUAAAAAAUAAUGAGCAGAAUUACACAAGCGGAUACACCCCAUGUGGUCAUUUCAUUAAACCAGGUCAAGAACAUCCACAGGAAAUAUUUCAUUUUCUGGCGGUCACUUGCUGGCAAAAUCCAUAUUGUCCAGAUCCUUGUCCUUUAUCACCUGGAACAGAAAGUGUGCUACAUAUCCUAGGUGCUCCUAAUGUUUUGUCCAAGCCUCAUCGGCAGGGCUGUUUUAACACGGUGCUUAAAGUUUUUUUCACUGUAUAUAAACUUGAAAGUUGCCUCAAAUUACAUUUUAUUAAAACUGUCCCCUUUGUUUUGCAAUAAUUCUGAAUGCUUCUAUUGUGCUCCUAUAUAAUGGGUGUUUUAUUGCUUUCAUUCAUUCUGUGUUGCUUUGAGUUCAGUUCUUGUUGCCUGCUAUAGGUCAUUUACAGGUCAUUUGAUCUUCGGAUCGUUCGUUACAUAGGUCUCAAAUGUGAAGUUAUGAAAGAACAUAGCUCUCUGAUUUCAGAUAGUCUUUCACUGCAUCUGGGCCUUCUUUCCAUCAUUAAUCAAGCAGCUUUCAGACAGUAAUCCAGCAAACUGCUGACGUGACCUUGGAAGUGCAAGUGGAACAGAUAUCCUGAGAGUAAGGGUUAGAAACUGAGAACCUGAUACCAGAUACCAGGAUUUCAAAUGAUAACACUGGGGUAUUGCUUUAGCUACAGUCCCUUUAUAGGAAUGAGAGAGCACUGGAGCAUUGCCUUGACUUUUUUGAGGAUGCAACAUUGACAAUGGAUAAUUGCAAAGCAUACGACAUGGUUUAUUUAGAUUUCCAGAAAGCUUUUGACAAAGUCCCACAUAAAAGAUUAAUUCCCAAACUGAACGCAGUAGGGAUUCAAGGAAAUGCAUGCACAUGGAUUAGGGAGUGGUUAACAUGUAGAAAACAGAAAGUACUGAUUAGAGGAGAAACCUCAAAAUGGUGCGAGGUAACCAGUGGUUUACCACAGGGAUCAGUAUUAGAUCCUCUGCUAUUCCUAAUCUACAUUAAUGAUUUAGAUUCUGGUAUAGUAAGCAAACUCAUUAAAUUUGCAGACGACACAAAAAUAGCAGAAGUGGCAAACACUGUUGCAGCAGCAAAGGUCAUUCAAAAUGAUCUAGACCGCAUUCAGAACUGGGCAGAUACAUGGUAAAUGACAUUUAAUAGAGAAAAGUGUAAAGUACUGCACACAGGCAAUAAAAAUGUGCAUUAUAAGAAGGAAUCUAUGAAAAAGACCUAGGAGUUUAUGUUAACUCAGAAAAGCUAUAAAAAAAAAGGCCAACAAGAUGCUCAGAUAUAUUGUGAGAAGUGUUGAAUUUAAAUCAAGGGAAGUAAUGUUAAAACUUUACAAUGCAUUAGUAAGACCUCAUCUAGAAUAUUGUGUUCAGUUCUCGUUACAAAAACUCUAGAAAGAGUGCAAAGAAGAGCAACCAGAAUUAUCCCGGGUUUAAAAGGCAUGUCAUAUGCAGACAGGCUAAAAGAAUUGAAUCUAUUCAGUUUUGAACAAAGAAGACUACACGGUGAUCUGAUUCAAGCAUUCCAAAUUCUAAAAGAUAUUGACAAUGUCGACCCAGGGGACUUUUUCGACCUGAAAAAAGAAACAAGGACCAGGGGUCACAAAUGGAGAUUAGAUAAAGGGGCAUUCAAAACAGAAAAUAGGAGGCAACCAACUCCCCAGUAAUGUUGUUGAAGCUGACACCCUGGGAUCCUUCAAGAAGCUGCUUCAUGAGAUUCUGGGAUCAAUCAGCUACUAACAACCAAACAAGCAAGAUGGGCUGAAUGGCCUCCUGUCGUUUGCAAACUUUCUUAUGUUCUUAUGUUAGCUACUGUCCCUUUAUAGGAAUGAGAGAGCACUGGGGUAUUGUAUUAGCUACAGUCCCUUUAUUGGAAUGGGUUUAUUAUUCCAUAUAUAGUGAGAAAAUAUAUAUGGAUUUAAAAAAAACUAUUACAUAUUUAAAGAUUGUUCUUAUAGGUGAGGAAUGACACAAAAUUCACAGACAUGUAGAAAGUAGAUGAAAAGUAAAUUAAAUAGAAAGCUGUUUUUUACACUUGUUCGAUGUCUAGUGCUUGUUUAUUAGAGUGGGGUAUGUUUUCACAGAUCCACUGUAAUUGGCUUAUCUAAGGUGUGUGUCAAAGUUCAACUAACUACAAGGAAGAGACAGCGCCCCCCUAGCUGCAACUAACUAUGUUUCAUUGAGUCAUCGUGUUCUCCAUAAGAACAUAAGAGAAUUCAUGAAUGAGAGGAGCUCCCAUCAACGCUCGUCCAGUUGCUACAAGCUGAUUGAUCUCAGAACUUUGUCAAGUUGGGUCUUAAAGGAUCCCAGUGAUUCAACAGGACAAUGUGGCUCGGUAGCCCUUUGUAACCCUUUGGUAACCCAUUUCAUCCCCUCACCACUCUGUGUGAAGAAGUGUCUCCUUCCCUCUGUCUCCUAAAUCCGUCUUAUUUUCCAACUGUCCUCUGGUCCUGGUUUCUGUGCUUAGAGUAUUGGUUCAGAUUAACUGUAUCAACUCCUUUUAAGAUUUUAAAGACCAAUCAAGACCUCUCUUCAUCACUGUUCUGUGUCCAUAUUCAGCACUGUGUGGUUAUACCUGAGCCCCACCUGUGGUCACGGCACACAUUUCACACUAUUGUAGGUCCUGGAUAAGAAUGCACUAGAUAGAUUUUUAUUUAAGAAACACUUUUUAAAUGUACAUUUUAAAACAUUGUUCCAUUUCUUUCUUUAAUUUAUAUUACACAGAUACAAAGAAGGAACUAAAUAGAUGUUGCUGGUGCUAAUAAGAGGUGAGAGAAUGGAUUUUAAAGAUGGUCAGCGCUCCUUUAAAGGAAGGCUGGUGAUAAUAUUGCUAUAAUAAGAGGUAAGAUGGAUUGUAAAAAAAAAAAAAAGAUAUUAAAGCACAUAUUUAAAAACUGAAAUGUAUCUCUGCUAGUUAUUUACACGACUUUUGUUCUAUAAACAGCAAAAGUAGCUGUAGCUCUAUAAAUUGGUGUUUGAAAAACAGCUGUACUGCUUUUCGUCACCAAUUUCUAAGACCUCCACCAGUCCUACUAAUCUGUGAGAGGCUGCUGUGGUUUAUUUGUAUUUGUCCUAGCUAGCCUGUGUGACUUGAAAACUGUAACGGUCCCAGCUUCCCUGACAAACGAAGGCAGAGCAUUCCAUAAUUUAGGAGCUCUACAAGAAAAAGCCCUCCUCCCGUGUUGCUUUUGUUGACCCUAGGAAUAACCAGCAGCCCCGCAUCCUGUGAUCUCAGAGUGCGGUUUGGAAGAUACGUGGCCAGUAACUCCUGCAAAUAACUAGGUGCUAAUCCAUUCAGGGCCUUGUAAGUUCACAGCAAAAUCUUAACAUCAAUUCUAUACUAUAAUAAUAAUUGUUUAUUUAGCAGACGCCUUUAUCCAAGGUGACUUACAGAGACUAGGGUGUGUGAACUAUGCAUCAGCUGCAGAGUCACUUACAAUUACGUCUCACCCGAAAGACGGAACACAAGGAGGUUAAGUGACUUGCUCAGGGUCACACAAUGAGUCAGUGGCUGAGGUGGGAUUUGAACCAGGGACCUCCUAGUUACAAGCCCUUUUCUUUAACCACUGGACCAC